AUGCACCGUGCAUUGGACUCCAACAAUCUCCGGGACGCUUUGAAGUAUUCGGCUCAAAUGCUCUCUGAGCUCAGGACGUCCAAGCUUUCUCCUCACAAGUACUACGAACUAUAUAUGCGUGCCUUUGAUCAAUUACGGAAGCUGGAGAUGUUCUUCGAGGAAGAGACUCGUCGCGGUUGCUCCAUUAUUGAUCUUUAUGAACUCGUCCAGCACGCUGGCAACAUUUUACCUCGAUUGUAUCUCCUCUGUACAGUAGGAUCAGUAUACAUCAAGUCCAAGGAAGCUCCUGCAAAGGAUGUUCUUAAGGACCUUGUGGAGAUGUGUCGUGGCAUUCAACACCCUGUUCGCGGACUCUUUCUUAGAAGUUACCUUUCUCAAGUUAGUAGGGAUAAAUUGCCAGAUAUUGGUUCAGAGUACGAAGGGGAUGCGGAUACUGUAGCAGAUGCUGUAGAAUUUGUACUGCAAAAUUUCACUGAAAUGAACAAACUUUGGGUGCGGAUGCAACAUCAGGGGCCUGCCCGGGAGAAGGAGAAACGAGAAAAAGAAAGGAGCGAGUUGCGUGAUCUUGUUGGGAAGAAUCUUCAUGUUCUCAGUCAGAUAGAGGGUGUUGACCUUGACAUGUACAAAGAUGUUGUGCUUCCAAGAGUACUUGAGCAGGUUGUGAAUUGCAAAGAUGAGUUGGCUCAGUUCUACUUGAUGGAUUGCAUAAUUCAAGUCUUCCCUGAUGAGUAUCACUUGCAAACUCUGGAUGUGUUGUUGGGUGCUUACCCUCAACUUCAGCCGACUGUUGACAUCAAGACAGUACUGUCUCAGUUAAUGGAAAGGCUUUCAAAUUAUGCUGCUUCAAGUGCAGAGGUGCUGCCAGAGUUUCUGCAAGUGGAAGCAUUUUCCAAAUUAAGCAAUGCGAUUGGCAAGCUGCAAUAG